AUGUCAAGUGAAGUGACAAGAGCUGAAAACGAAUAUUCUAAAAAGACUCAUAUACAUACCAUUGCAAAUAUUACAAACUUACAAGAAACCUUAAACAGGAAAAGUGACGUUGGACAUACACAUUCUAUAUCUGAAAUAACAGACUUAAACGUUAGCCUUGAAAAUAAAGCAGACAAGAACCAUACACAUACAAGUUUUACAACUGUUGCUAUAGAAAGUAUUGAAGGAACGGUUGAAGAAACUGGUGGGGAUGUAUUAUAUUAUAAACCUCCUAACUUUCCACAAGGUUUAACAUCGGAUGACGACAUAACGACGAUGAGAAACAUUAGAUGUAAAGAUGUUUAUGUCAUGAAGGAUGAACAUAAUAUUAAAUUCACUGCUCAAGAUUUAUAUGACAAGAAAGCAGACAAAACAGAGCUUCAAACAUUAAAGACAGAAAUACUUCAAACAUUAUAUCCUAUAGGCUCUAUUUAUACGUCAAUGAACUCAACAAAUCCAGAAACAGUUCUGGGUUUUGGAACUUGGACUCAAAUAGUCGACAGGUUUUUGUAUUGUACAAACUCUUCAAAGGAAACAGGUGGAAGUAAAACGAUUUCAGGUGAAAAUUUACCUGCGCACAGUCAUUACGUAAGAUUAACUACAUCUGAAGGUGGUUGGCAUAAGCAUAGAUAUUGGGAUUGGAGAGGAAUGACAAAAGGUAAAGGAUAUGAUGUUAAAGAGGACGUUAAGUUUGCUAUAAAUUGUUACUGGGAUGACACGCAGGGAGAAGGAAUCCAUUCACAUUUCGUUACAGGAUAUACACAUACAACGGGACAAAGUAAAGAAUACAUGCCACCUUACAUGACAGUUUACGCAUGGUAUAGAAUUGCUUAG